UAAAUUAAUUUUGCCUUUUUCUUUUUAUUAAUAGUUAUUAGUGUAAUAAUGUCCCCUCUCCUCUCUCCUCACUCCUCACUCACACACUCACUCUCUCCCCUAUAAAAGGGACUAACAUGGUUGUGUAGAAGAAGUAUUAUUAGUAGUAGAAAGUAGUGGUGAUGAUGAUGGAGAUAGGAGUGGUGGUGGUGGUGGUGGCCAUUGUAGUAGUAGUAGUAUUAAUGGUUAUGAAGAAUGUGAAUUGGUGGCUGUAUGAAUCCAAAUUGGGGGAAAAGCAGUACUCUCUGCCACCAGGUGACAUGGGAUGGCCCUUCAUUGGCAAUAUGUGGUCCUUCCUCAGAGCUUUCAAGUCCUCUGAUCCUGAUUCCUUCCUCUCUGCUUUUGUCUCCAGAUUUGGAAAAACUGGAAUGUACAAGGCUUUGAUGUUUGGGAACCCAAGUGUGAUUGUGACAACACCAGAAACAUGCAAAAGGGUGUUAACAGAUGAUGAAAAAUUCAAACCAGGUUGGCCUAGAUCAACCAUUGAGCUUGUUGGCAAGAAGUCAUUCAUUUCCAUGGCGUACGAAGAACACAAGCGCCUCCGGCGUCUGACAUCUUCGUCCAUCAAUGGCAUGGAGGCGCUGUCGCUUUACUUGACAUACAUUGAAAAAAAUGUGAUAAGUUCUUUGGAGAAAUGGACCAAAAUGGGACAAAUUGAGUUCUUAACUGAGAUAAGGAAGCUUACAUUUAAGAUCAUAAUGCAUAUUUUCCUAAGCAAUGAAAGUGAACCUAUUAUGGAAGCAUUGGAAAGGGAAUACACUGCUCUUAACUAUGGAAUUAGAGCCAUGAAGAUUAAUAUUCCUGGAUUUGCAUACCAUAAAGCAUUCAAGGCUAGAAAAAAUCUAUUGUCUGUAUUUCAAUCUAUUGUGGAUGAGAGAAGGAAAUUAAGGAAGGAAUAUUCGCCUAUGAAAGCCAAGGAUAUGAUGGAUUCUCUGCUAGAUGCUGAAGAUGACAAUGGAAGAAAGUUGAGUGAUGAAGAAAUCAUUGAUGUCAUGCUGAUGUACUUGAAUGCUGGCCAUGAAUCUUCAGGACAUAUUACUAUGUGGGCAACCUAUUUCCUCCAAAAGCACCCUGAAUAUUUCCAAAAGGCUAAGGAAGAGCAAGAGGAAAUCAUAAGGAGAAGACCUUCUACACAGAAAGGGUUGACACUGAAGGAAAUUAGACAGAUGGAUUUUCUCUACAAGGUGAUUGAUGAAACAAUGCGUGUGAUUACAUUCUCACUGGUGGUUUUUAGGGAGGCGAAAUCCGAUGUCGUUAUGAAUGGAAAAGAAGAAGAAGAAAGAGUACUAAUAACUCUAUAUGGAAUUUGGAUGAACACACAGGUUACACCAUUCCAAAAGGUUGGAAAGCUCUUGUGUGGUUCAGAUCAGUUCAUCUUGAUCCUGAGAUAUAUCCUAAUCCAAAGGAAUUUAAUCCCCACAGAUGGGAUAAUAAUGAACAUAAGGCUGGAGAAUUCCUUCCCUUUGGAGGAGGAAGUAGACUCUGUCCUGGGAAUGAUCUUGCUAAGAUGGAAAUAGCAGUUUUUCUUCACCAUUUCCUUCUUAAUUACCAAUUUGAACAGCUUAAUCCUAAAUGCCCUGUGAGAUACCUACCUCAUACAAGGCCAAUGGACAAUUGCUUGGGAAGGUUAAAGAAACGUUCAACAUCAACCUAAAAUGGAAGAACAUAGAAUGCAUGUGACAUGACCAUGGCUAUUUGUAGUGUGAAAAUUCAUCUUCAUGUUUGCCCUCAGAUAAAUCCACAAGUCCAAACCUACUUUGAGCUAAGAUAUCAUAGAAGAAGGAGGGAGGGGAAUUUCACAAUCUACACAAAUGUAAGAAAUAAGAAAAUUUAUGAAAGUUCCAUCUAUCAUCAUUUAUGCACUACUUAGUAAUGUAUGUGGUCCAUCUAGGUGACUGCAAAUGUUCUGAAAAAAUGGACACAUGUAAUUUUAGUUUCACUAGCUGCUACUCAUAGAAAGGAAUUGAGUAUAGUUUCUUUCUAUGGUUCUCAUUUGCAUAUUUCUUCUUGGUGCAUGAAAUUCAUUAAUCUAAAGUUGUAAACUAUAGCCCAACAUUUUUAAUGUAAUGGGUAAUGGGUUGGUGGUGACUUAAUCUUUUUAAGUUAAAAUCAAUAGAGAAUAAGUUAAGUUCAA